CGCCGCUUGGGAGGAAGUGCUGUGUAGACAGUUCGGCCAACUCCGUAAGAAUAGAAAAAAAUAGAAAGAAAAAAACACAAGGGAGAAAAAAAAACAUUGAAAUUCUUUAAUCGGGUGGGUUCAGAAAGACUUCUCAAACUAUCCUGAUUGGAGGAAGUCCCCGGCGGGCGAAGCUAAAGUCUUGAGAGCUGGGAUGAUGGAGGAUUCCCAUUUUAAUUCUUCAUACUUUUGGUCUCCUGUGCAGGGACAGAUUGAGAAUGCUGUAUUUCUCAAUAAGGUAAAGGAGCAGCUUGUUCAGGACAAAAGCACCACCUACUCGCAUGGCCCCGCCCACUAUCCCACCACAGCGGUGGUGGCGGUUUCUGGGGGUGCCAUAGAGACAACGACAGCAAGGACACUAAAACAAGAGCAUGCACAACCAUCUCACUCCUCACACAGUAUCACAGUGGUGCCGGUACCGCCUACAGGCAUCAUGACGGCAGCGGGUUUGGUCACUCUGGUGUCUCCAGUAUCAUCUGCUCAGUCCCUUAUUCAUGGACAUCCAUCCACCACCAUGAUAACAGUCCAAACGGACAAGAGAAAUGACUCCUUGGCCUGCUCACCGGUCAUCAUCCCGUUACCGUCGAAACGGGGCAGAAAGAAGAAAGCCACACUCCCGUUGAUUGGCUCACCUUCUGGGACAGAUGCCUUGGUUUUGGGUCUUUCAGGACAGCAUCAUUCUGCCAACCCUUACAGUCUGUCCCCAGAAGAAGGGCAUGCUGGGAAUGGGAAAGAAGGUGGUAAAACUUACAGGUGCCGGAUGUGUGGUUUGACGUUCUGCAGUAAGUCAGAUAUGCAGCUGCACUCCAAGUCGCACACGGAGGUGAAAGCUCACCAGUGUCCGCACUGCUCCAAAUCCUUCGCUAACACCAGCUACCUGGCCCAGCACAUCCGCAUCCACAGCGGAGCCAAGCCCUACACCUGCUCCUACUGCCAGAAGGCUUUCAGACAGCUCAGUCACUUACAGCAGCACACACGAAACCACACAGAAUCCAAACCUCAUAAGUGUCCUCAUUGCUCGAAAUCCUUCGCCAACACAAGCUACCUUGCUCAGCAUAUACGAAUCCACACAGGAGUUAAACCUUACACCUGUAACUACUGCCAGAAGACCUUCAGACAGCUCAGUCACUUACAGCAACACCACAGGAUCCACACAGGAGACAGGCCAUACAAAUGUUCACACUUGGGUUGUGAGAAGUCUUUCACUCAGCUCUCUAAUCUGCAGUCUCAUCGGCGUCAGCACAACAAGGACAAACCGUAUAAGUGUCACCACUGUAACCGUGGUUAUGUAGACGCAGCCAGCCUGGAGGUUCAUCUGUCCACUCACACAGUCAAGCACGCUAAGCUGUACUCCUGCGGUUUAUGCAACCGCACAUAUACAUCGGAGACGUAUCUGAUGAAACACAUGCGUAAACACGCCCCGGAUAUGCUGCCGUCUCCACCUGGAUCAACCCAGCAAAGCCACAGCCCAGGCCGUGUUGAUGGAGGCGGUUCGGAAGGAGACGCGCAGAGCCGAGUCGAGAGGACUGACGUCUUCGGUCAGCCGUGCAUAUUCGACCUGAACCAGUACAAACCAUUAACUUCUGCUGAUGCGCAGUAUAAAACUGUCAGUGUGUCUGACAUCUCCCCUCACAAAGACCUCUGCAUCACUGUGGAGGCUUCCGCCAUACAGGUGGAACACCUGAACUCAUGAGCGAGGGAUGAAACUUUGAAGUUUAGAAAAAAAAAUUGCAAUUACACAGAACUGUGCAUACUGAAAGGAUUGUCUUGCUCGAUACGUUCUCAUUUGUAUGAAGGAGCAAGUGGACUUAAAUGAACAAAAGUGAAGGAGAUGGAUUUUGUAAUUUUUUUUCUUUCCAUUUUUUUUUUUUUUUUAACAUUUAUCGCUGUAAUCCUGAUCUUCCUCGCAAAAGCUUCCUUGAUGACUGUGGCUGUUUCAGUGGGUACCCAGCUCAUAUAUUAAGUCUUUCCAUCAAAUUUCUAGUUGUUCGUCUCUAGUUGUUGGUACGAUCACUCCACUGUCAACAUUAAUAUUGUUACUGUUCACAAGAAUGGAAAUUUAUAUGUCUCUUGCACAGUAUGUAUGGGAAUUGUUGGUCUGUUUUUGUUUUAAAAGGGAAAUUUGUUUGCAGUUGUGUAUGUAAAACAGAAAAUAAUGUAUAUAUGAUUAUGUGUCUGAAUGAAUAAAGGACAACAGGAAAUAGGACAAAAAAUAGUCAACUAAUGUCAAUGGCAAAUAUCUUGAUGGGUUUUUUUUUUUCUUUUAAAAAAUUAUCCUGUUUAGCAUUCCCAUCUGCAGAUGACAUGUAAUAUUCUAUUAUUACUGUUACUACUGUUAUUCUAUCAAAAUUAUUAUUGCUCCCAAAUUUCAACCUCUUGAUAUUAACAAAAUCAGAUUAGUGUGCUUUAACCUUGUAAAAACAAGAUAUUAAAACAAAUGCUUCUGA